AUGUCUACUUCAUCCUCGCCCGACACCAUGUCGAAUAAUUCUCAGACCGGCUGCCUCGAUCCGCUCGAUUCUCUCAUCGACUUCUCGGGUUACGAGCAGGUAUCAUAUCAAUCACCGUCCGUCUCUCCAUCCACAACCACCAAGAACGAGUUCGUCACGAAACCUGUCUCGAACACACCCGCCGCUCUCCCAUCCUCAUCACAACCUCAACUCUCCGGCCCGAGUCAUCAGUAUGACCUGUACCGUCAGCAAACCGGUAUCCCACAAGGAGCCAUUGCAAACACCCUCGCCGUCAAUCAAUCAAACGUCCACAUCAAUUCACAAUAUGGAUUUGCCGAUAGUUACCUGUCGGGAUUGAGUCCAAGCGAUGACUUUGUUGACUUCAACACGCCCGUGUCACGCAACGGUUCAUUCAACCCAUCCGAUAUUGAUAUGGAAUUUGAUUCGCCAAACACCGAGCCAGCCUUCUUCUAUCCAGAUCGUCCAACUGGCUUCGUCGACCCAAGCAACAUUGGCUCAACUGCCCUUCCAACACAAGGUAGCAAUGUAGGUCGUCUCUGGCCUGGAAUGCAUCAACAACAAGCUUUGGCCAAGGCGCAGGCUCAACAAAAGCAACAGCAACAGAUCAUCCAGCAACAACGUCAAGCCGCCAGUGCUGGUCACUCAAGACAGCCUUCAAGCCAACGCGCUCGCGCAUCUCAUCCACCAGCAGACCCUAUCGUGGAAGAGAAGAUCUCUCAAUUGCUCAACUCUAUGAGACAAAGCAGUGUUGGAAGCGAGGAUAUGGACAACCAUGGCGACAACAUGACUCACGCAUCACGUAUGCGCAAGGACGAGGAAGAAAUGGAUGAGGAUGAGAGAUUACUCGCAAGUGAAGAGGGAAAGAAGCUCAGCAGCAAGGAGCGAAGACAACUCCGGAACAAGGUUUCCGCCAGAGCUUUCCGAUCAAGACGCAAGGAAUAUAUCAGCCAACUUGAAGGAGAGAUUGCCGGAAAGGUUAAUGAGAACCAAGACCUCAGGUCACAGAACCGUGCUUUGUUGGAAGAGAACACCCGUCUCUCAGAUCUUACUCGCAUGCUUCUCUCAUCCCCGUCCUUCUCUGGUUUCCUCGACACUCUUUCUCAAAACCCUGCUGCCGCUCAAACGGCUCAGCAAGUUACUCAACCUCGUGUCGAGCAACAACAACAACCACAACGCCAAGUCCGCAAAGACGUCAACCCAUACGCCGCUGCCGCUCAGCAGAUGCAACAACAGCAAAUCGGGAUGACCUUGAUCCCAGAGCACAACAUGGACUUUUCCAUGCUCGACUUGAACGUUGACGGUGCUUACUCUUACCAACCUCAAGUCUUCUCUGUUCUAUCCAUGCCAGAGACCGUCAUUGAUUCAGAAAUUCUCUCAGGCAAGACCAACACACCAUUCACUCCACUCGCCUGCCAGGAGGAGAAGGUUGAGCUUCCUACAGUCGAGCGUGUCCCAGAAGUUGCUGUCGUCGAGGAACCAGUCAAGUCCGUAGAGGUUGUGGAUGAAGAGUUCGAUGCCGAUCCAACCUUUGCCCUCUUCUGCUCCUCAUCUGUCACCGCAACUCCUGUCGCCGAACCAAAGGAGUUUAUCUUUGACCUUGCCUCGAUCGACGUAACCGCCAAGCCAUCUCAAUACGAACUUGUGACGGCACAAAUUGACAACAGUUGCACUGACGCGGCAAUGAAGAAAUACCAGCGGUUGACUUCUCAAAUGGAUUUGGUAGCCGAAAGGCUGUCGAACCUGACGAUGAAUUUCUAA